GAACGAUGCAAUGUGAAAACAGCAAUCUUGUAGAGUUUUUUUUUUUUGCCUGCGUUCAAUGAGAUUAUUUUAGUUGCGUAAUUUUAACUAGUUUCCCGUCUAUGUAAAUCUUAAUUUAUGUCUUCAUAAGGAGCUGGAGGGUAGGUACUGUUGAAAGGGAGUAAAAAUUCUACUUAGGUUUUGAAACCACUGAUUCUGACCGGUGGAUCGGUUUCCGAAGCGACUGGUGAUGUAAUCAGAUUUUGAAGUCUUUGAGAAACAUGUAAUCAAGUCCUGUCAUUGGUGUCUUCUUUAGUUUUAAGAACAAUUUCGUUGAUCCAAAUCAGAAUUAUAGUUCUUAAAUUGCCUCUACUGAACAGUAAGCCUGCCUUGUGUAUAAUGCCCCCGAUCUGAUAGGCGGUCGCAUUGUUGUGUGAUUACUUCAUUUUUAUUUAUCCUCUUAGAAGAAAAAUAUAAGCAUUUUGCAUUCUUUCCCACUGACCAAAAACGUUCCAUCUUCUCAUUUUCGAAAAUAAAUUGGACAAUUAAAAUUAAUGAAAAAUUUUUAAGUUUAUCUUUCCUAAUAAUUGGGAUAUCUGGUCUUAGAAAUGGUUGGAUGCCUUUUUGAUUCCCCUUCCUUCACCCCAACCCCCCCCCACAUCUAAUUGAUUGAAUUUUGGACUUUUUUUUUUUUAAUACAAUUUCAAACAGUUGGUAAACUGAAAUAUGUGGAACUAAAGGGUUUAAUGCUUUCCUUUGAGCUGUGUUUUAGGCCUUUUAAUGUACUUUAAAAAAUAGUUUUACUUGGGUGCAAAUAUUUUAAAGAGGAAAAUCAAUUCCAACGUUUAUUUUUGUUUCUGCAGUACCUUUCUUCGGUAAAGACAUGAUCCCUUGGAGAAGUGACCUAGUAUUGAAUCCUUAUCUUCUUUGGCCGGAAAAAAGAUUUGUAUUCAUGAGCAUCCUUAGGGUUUUCAGCAAGUUGUAAAUUCAAAGAAAUGAGAGUGGGUUUCUGAUAGAGCAGAUACUAGAAGACAGUUCUGCAGUUGGUGAUUAAGAUUUAUCCGUAGAUCAGUAUUAAUUUGAAAUAAAGCCACACUCAAAAAUUUUAAAAGAAACUUUAAUAUUCAAUUGGUAUUUUUUCUGAAUACCUCCAUUGUGCUAUCAUAAUCUGCUUAGGUAUGAUUUAGACUGAAAGUGGCCAUUUAGUGUAAAUUUCUAGCCUGUCUUCCCUAUUGCCUCCAAGCAUGUUUUCUGAUUGACAGAAAACAAUUGCCAGUGCUAAGCUCUGGCUUUUCCAUGGAAAGGUGGUUUUCAACUCUAGUCAUGCUUGUGCUCUGUAGAAGUGUGCCUGUGAUCCAGGAAUUCAGUCCCUUUGGCUGAAAAGUGGCAUGUACUAAGAGAAGUGAUGCCACUGCUGAAAGUUUUUGAGAUGGCAUUUAUUUUACCAAGUAAAAGCUGUGCUCAUGCUUAGACAUCAUAUACAUGUCUGAAAUGGUCCUUAAGGGUUAUGAGGAGAACAAGAAUAAAAGUAAAUAACAUUGGUUAUGAGAGUCAGAAUCACUCUUAAUUGUCUGAUACAGUAUCACUUAUUAAUACUAGACACAGCAGAGAAAUAGAGAUACAGUAUCAGCUUAGAUAAUCAGUUAGUGUUGCAGGAUCUCAUCUGUAAAAUGAGAAAGUCAAACUCAGUGGUUCUAAGGAACUGAAAACUGUUCAGCUUAAAAACUCUGUUUCCAGAAAUCACCUACCUAUACUUAGAAAACUGGAGAAGGACAAAUAAACAUAGGACCCCUCUCCAGUUGCUGUUUCUUAAUGCACUUUUUGUACCUUUGUAAAGAGGCUUAACACACAAUUGAUCUAUUUUUCCCCCAAACCAAACCAAACCAGUCGCUGUGGAGUUGAUGAUGACCCUAUAGGACAGAGUAGAACUGCCCCAUAGAGUUGCCAAGGAAUGCCUGGUAGAUUCGAACUGCUGACCUUUCAGUUAGCAUUUAACCACUGCACCACCAGCGUUUCCUUCUAAACUGUGAAUUUUGUACCUUUUAUUAUUCCCAGAGGCUAGCAUGGAGUGUGGCACAUUUUCUGAUCCUCAGUGAAGAGUUGUUGGAUUAAUGCAAUCUCUCACACCUCCUUUGUUAAAAAUAGACCCUGUUUAAUUUACUUGAGAUGAGUUUUCCUGACUAAUCUUUCUAAGGGAGGGGGCAGUUCAUUAUCAAUGUGAUUCCUCUCGCAGGAGAAGGUAUAGCAGUUCCCUGUUUAUCCAAACCAGAUUCAUUUACUUCUGAUUUCGUAAAUCAGAAGUUCUUAAACUUCCUGUAAAGGGCCAGGUGGUUAAUAAUUUAGACUUCGUGGGCUGCAAAGUGUCUGUGUUACUUUGCUUGCUUGCUUGUUUUUAUCCGCCUUUUUUUAAAAAAUGUAAAACCAUUCUUAGCUGAAGGGCCCUACAGAAACAGUAAGUUUGCAAACCCACCCUAAGUAGUCAGCUCCCCCACUUUCCAAAUAUUGCUGAAACUUUUUCCCCUACCUUUUGUCAAAAUCUAAUUCCAGGUAACUUUGAGGUUCUAAUUUCUCCACGAGGCUUGAAGCUUUUUGUAUGACUCCAACCUAAAUCAGUUUUUUCGUCUAUGGUACUCCUGUUUGUAAUUAGGCCACACAGUUCAGCAGAGCCACAGAGAUCUGUUUUUAAUGAAAAAUAAUAACUGGAAUUCUUCAAAUAUUUGAUUGAUUUCUGUGCUGUAUACUGUUAGGAGGGGGAAAAAAAAAACAUUGCCUUCAAGUCAAUUCUGGAAUUCUUCAAAGAUAUGCUUUCUGUACUGUAUACUGUGUUAGGAAACCUUGGUGGUGUGGUGGUUAAGUGCUAUGGCUGCUAACCAAAGGGUAGGCAGUUUGAAUCCGCCAGGCGCUCCUUGGAAACUCUAUGGGGCAGUUCUACUCUGUCCUUUAGGGUCGCACUGAGUUGGAAUCGACUUGUCGGCACUAGGUUUGGUUUGAUUUUGGUUUAUACUAUGUUAGGAGAAAAAAAAGAAACGUUGUCAUCAAGUCAGUUCUAACUCACAGCAACCCUGUAGGACAGAGUAGAACCACCCCACGGGGCUUCAAGGAGUGGCUGGUGAAUUUGAACUGCCUACCUUUUGGUUUUGGUUAGCAGCCAUAGUUCUCAACCAUUGUGCCAUCAGGGCUCCAUAUUAGGAGCAAGGUAGAUUAACUUGCUCUCUAUGAACUGGAAAACAACUGAUAUUUAGAUGAAGGAACUUAGUCUUAGGUAAAUCAAGUCUCUGGAAAGAGUGUUACAUUUUUUUUUUAAGCGCUUUAAAACAAAAAUAACUUUGUUUCCAUAGCCCAGAGCAUAUGUGAGGAGAAGCAGGACAUGUUUUGCAGCAGCACUGUGCCAGGGGACUGUUUUCAUUAAAGAGGGUUAAUGAAAUUAAGAUGGGUACUCAGGCUAGUGAUACAGAACGAGACGGACUAGCCCCAGAAAAGACUUCCCCAGAUAGAGACAAGAAAAAAGAGCAGUCAGAUGUCUCUGUUUCUCCUAGAGCCUCAAAGCACCAUUAUUCAAGGUCAAGAUCGAGGUCAAGAGAAAGAAAACGAAAGUCAGAAAAUGAAGGAAGAAAACACAGGAGCCGGAGCAGAAGCAAAGAGAACCAACUUCUUCUUAAAACAGGCAAGAAGACAUGAAUCCAAAGAUAAAUCCUCUAAGAAACACAAGUGUGAGGAACAUAAUGACAAAGAACAUUCUUCUGAUAAAGGAAGAGAGCGACUUAAUUCAUCUGAGAAUGGUGAGGACAGACACAAACGCAAAGAAAGAAAGUCAUCGAGAGGCAGAAGUCACUCCAGAUCCAGAUCCCGGGAAAGGCGUCAUCGUAGUAGAAGCAGGGAGCGGAAGAAGUCUCGGUCCAGGAGUAGGGAGCGGAAGAAGUCACGAUCCAGAAGCAGAGAGAGGAAGAAGUCACGAUCCAGAAGCAGGGAAAGGAAACGGCGAGCCAGAUCUCGUUCCCGCUCAAGAUCAAGACACCGGCAUAGGAGUAGAAGCAGAAGCAGGACAAGGAGCAGAAGUCGAGAGAGAAAGAAGAGAAUUGAGAAACCAAGAAGAUUUAGCAGAAGUUUAAGCCGGACUCCUAGUCCACCUCCAUUUAGAGGCAGAAACACAGCAAUGGAUGCACAGGAAGCCUUAGCUAGGAGGCUGGAAAGGGCCAAGAAAUUACAAGAACAGCGAGAAAAGGAAAUGGUUGAAAAACAAAAACAACAAGAAAUAGCUGCAGCAGCUGCAGCUACUGGAGGUUCUGUUCUCAAUGUCGCUGCCCUUUUGGCAUCAGGAACGCAAGUAACUCCUCAGAUAGCUAUGGCAGCUCAAAUGGCGGCCUUGCAAGCUAAAGCUUUGGCAGAGACGGGAAUAGCUGUACCUAGCUAUUACAAUCCAGCAGCUGUGAAUCCAAUGAAAUUUGCUGAACAAGAGAAAAAAAGGAAAAUGCUUUGGCAAGGCAAGAAAGAAGGGGACAAAUCCCAGUCUGCUGAAAUCUGGGAAAAAUUGAAUUUUGGGAAUAAGGACCAAAAUGUCAAAUUUAGAAAAUUAAUGGGUAUUAAGAGUGAAGAUGAAGCUGGAUGUAGCUCAGUUGAUGAAGAAAGUUACAAGACUUUGAAGCAACAGGAAGAAGUAUUUAGAAAUCUUGAUGCUCAGUAUGAAAUGGCAAGAUCACAAACCCACACACAAAGAGGAAUGGGGUUGGGUUUCACAUCUUCAAUGCGAGGAAUGGAUGCAGUUUGAAAAAGAUCACACUUGUAGAAGCUGGGGACUUUAUAGACUUUUCUUGUUCUGAUGUCAGGUCCUUGUUCACCAACAGCUAGCAUUCUAGCUUGCAUGGGUGUUGCAUUGACUUUAAUUUAUUGAAAAAUACGAUUUUUUGUAAAUAUCAGAUCAGUGAUACUGGUGUUAGUGUUGUAAUCAGGUUAAACCCGCUUCCAUUAAACUUGACAGGUCUAUAGAAGGACAAUAUUUUUUAGUCAUGAAUUCUACUUUUCAAAUAUAUAAAAGCUGCCGGUGGGAUAAAAAUCUUGUACAUGGGUUUUUCGUGUCCACUGUCUUGUGUACUUUUGUACUUAACCUUGUACAGUUCUUUUCAUCUCUUGAAACAUGAAAGAAAUGUAGAUGUUCUUUAGAUGAUCUGGCCAUUUGGUACAUAAUCCAGCGUAAAUAAGCUGGGUGGUGAUGAUAAUAAAAAUGGUUUUCUCAAAACUGGUGUUAAUUUAAAUUACCUAAAAUUCUUGUUUGAAUUUAUUUUAUGGUUUCUGUAGCAUUUGCAAUUGCUAUUAGAAAAUACUGACUAGAAAUCCCUCCCCCCCCCUUUUUUUUUUAAGAACAAUUAACUAUGCUAUAGGCAAUACCAUAGUGAGCAAAAAUGUACAAGGAAUGUGGGAAGAACAAGCAAAAGAAAACUAUUAAAAUACUGUUUCCUACUAUCAUAAGGGACAGAAUUGGUGUAUAGUAUUUGUUAACUAUUCAGUGUUAUUCAAGAAAUAGAUUAAUGCAUUAAAGGGAUAUGUAAGCACUUUUAUUUUAAUAAAGUGCCUUAUAACAAGUCCUUUGUAUGCCCUUUGCUCAUUAUCCUGUUGAAGUCUUCUCCUACAUAAUAAACUAGUCUGAAAUACUAAAGCAAA